AUGUCUGAAGAUCCUCCGCCAGCCUCGGCAUUCAAUGCCCUCGUUUUAGACCUUGGAGGGGUAUUUAUCAAGACCCCUCCUCGGGUUUCUAGCAACAAAUCCAUCCCAUCUUUCAAACGUUUCACCUCAACCUUAGUGUGGAUGCAGUAUGAAUGUGGCAAGAUCGAAGAAACCAAAUGCUACGAGCUCCUUGGGAAGCAAUUCAACUUCAAUCCAUCGGAGCUCAGCGAAGCAAUUGCUCUUGCACGCACCACGGUCGAAUAUGAUGAGCAGAUGGUAUCAUGGAUCCAAGCUCUGCGAGAAGACCAACCCUCGCUGAGAAUCGUCGCCAUGUCGAACAUCUCCGAGCCUGACUUUGUUGCCCUUCAUGCUCGAUGGGGUCCUACAUUCUGGUCAUUGUUUGACGAAGUUUUCACUUCAUCUGCUGUCGGGAUGCGGAAGCCCAAUUUGGGCUUUUAUCAGCAUGUCUUGAAGUCCACUGGGAUAGAUCCCCAGAAGACUAUCUUUGUAGAUGACAAUUUACAGAACGUUAUCUCUGCUGGGUCUUUGGGAAUACAUGGUAUUGUAUUCGAGGGUGCAUCUGUGUUAGCUUGGACCGUUAGAAAUCUCCUAUGUGACCCAAUUGUGCGUGGAAAGGCCUUCUUGCAAGAAAACGCAAAGCAGCUGCAUUCAUUCACAGAGUGUGGUAUUCCAGUGUUGGAGAACUAUGUUCAAAUGUUGAUAUUGGAGGCUACGGGCGAUGAGGAACUUGUUAUUUUGAACAAGCCCGAUUAUCACCAAGGAGAAUUUUGGAAUUUCUAUAUCGAAGAUGAAGAAACCCCUCGUUUUGCUCCAGAAAGUGUACCCGAUGACAAUGAUACCACUUCAUUGGGCAUGCAAAUUAUCAAAUACGACGACGCGGUUGCACACUCCAUUCUUGAUCAGAUGCUCGGUUGGAUGAACGAAGACGGCAUAAUUGACAUGUGGCACGACCGCAACAGGCCAAGAUUUGAUCCCAUCGUCAGUGUGAACAUGUGCACUUCAUUCUAUCUUUAUCAGCGAGGACAUCAAGUUGAGGAUAUGCUCAACUGGGUCCGCAACAUCCUGUACCACAGAGCAUAUACAAAGGGCACGUACUAUUUCCGCUGUCCGGAUUGGUUCUUGUUCUAUGUGAACCGGUUGCUUGUGGUUUCAAAGUCCCCGAGUCUGAUGGAAUCGAUUGGGCCACUACUGAAGGAGAGAGUGCAGGAGCGUAUUGGAAUCGCCGGUGACAGUGUUGCCCUGGCAAUGCGGCUUAUCGCAUGCAACUCGAUGGGGGUAUACAAUUAUCAGGACUCUGAGGCACUCAAGGAAUUGCAAAAGGAUGAUGGCGGUUGGGAGGCUAGCUACUUGUAUAGCUAUCCCAUCAUAGGGAAAAAGAUCAUGAACCGCGGGCUUGGUACAGCACUUGCUGUUCAGGCACUCAGUGGAAGGAUCAGCGAGCCCUGA